GGGUGGCUGGAAAAGGAGUCCAUUAUAGUUUUGUUAGUUCGCGCAACCUUCACAUUUUUCAUUAAAAGCAGAAAAAAUAAAUAAAUUGAAGUUGUCGUGUAGUGAUGAUUAACAUUACCACUUGCGGCUGUUUAACCUCCUGUAGAUUGGUUUAACUUUAAAAAAAGAGUCUCAAACAUAACAUAAAUCUGGAAUUAACGGACCAACAGCCUCAUUGUGGCCACUUUUAAAAUGUCCUGCACGCUGGUUGGCGCCUCUGGAGCCCAGAUCCCCCUGCAGGAUGGACGGGCUGUGAUUCUGGGCCGGGGUCCGGACACUGGGGUUGCCGACAAGAAAUGCUCCCGACACCAGGUGAAGGUGGUGGCCUGCUUUGCAGACCAGGAUGCUGUUGUUACACAGCUGGGUCCAAACCCAAGUUUCCUGGAUAGUGAGAAGCUGGGCCGGGGUCAGUCAGGUAAACUCACCCACGGAGGUACUCUCUACCUGGUUAAUCAGAGCCACCCAUUCACACUGAACUACUCUCUGAGUUCCAAUGGGAUAGCCUCCAGCACAGCACAGAGAGGGCUGAAAGCAACAGAUAAGACGAAAGGAGGGGCGUGCUCGAAAGAAAAACAGGAACAGUCGAGUUCUACGCCCAAGCGCAGCAUAAAGGAUUUCUUCUCUACCUCUCCCAUGAAGUCAUCUAAAAGGCGACUGAGCCCAAAGAAAGAGCAGCCUGAGGCGAAGCGCCAAAGAAGAAAUGAGGAGGCUUCAGACAGGCAGAUGAAAGAUGACGAGGAUGAGGAAGAGAGACUGGCUGAGGAAAAGCUCAAGCAUCUCCAGGAAUUUGCAGAAAAAUCUCUGACAGAGGAGAGUAGCAGCAUCCAGUCUUCAUCACCUUCGAAACCAUGUCUAAAGAGCAGCUGGCAGCAGUUUGGCAACUUAAUGGUUUACACGGCUGCUGGUGUCAAAGGGAGUGACAAGAUCGCUGGGUUUGACAUUGAUGGCUGUAUCAUCACCACCAAGUCUGGCAAAGUCUUUCCCACAGCACCGGAUGACUGGAAGAUUCUGUACCCAGAGAUUCAGCCCAAGCUGGCAAGCCUGCUCAAAAAAGGGUACAAGGUGGUCUUCUUCACCAACCAGCUGGGGAUUGCUAAAGGCAAACUGAGACCAGAAGUGUUCAAAUCCAAAGUGGAGGACAUCCUCGCCACUCUGAAGCUGCCUGUGCAGGUGUUUGUAGCAACUGGUCCUGGUAAUUAUAGGAAACCAGUUAUGGGAAUGUGGAAUCACCUGUGUGACAAGGCCAAUGAUCACAUGACUGUUGACAAGACACAGAGUUUUUAUGUUGGAGAUGCUGCAGGAAGACCAGAAAACUGGGCUCCAGGGAAGAAGAAAAAGGACUUCUCUUGCAGUGACCGGCUGUUCGCUUUAAACAUCGGACUGCAGUUCUACACUCCAGAGGAAUACUUUUUGGGUUGGAAGUGCGCCCCCUACAGUCUGCCUGAAUUUGACCCUAGAAAGCUUGACUCCGCUGCCAGGCUGUACGACCCACCAUCCUCCUCCCUCACCUCCAGCGACACUGAAGUAAUUGUUGCUGUGGGAUUCCCUGCAUCCGGUAAAUCCACCUUCUUCCACACCCAUGUUAUUCCAAAGGGCUACGUCUAUGUCAACAGGGACACGCUCGGUUCAUGGCAAAACUGCGUGUCGGCAUGUGAGCGCGCUCUGAAGGAGGGCCGCAGCGUAGCUGUAGAUAACACCAACCCAGACCCAGAGUCUCGCAAACGCUAUGUGGAUGUGGCCAAAGCAGCAGGUGUGCCUUGUCGCUGUUUUCACUUCUCUGCCACGCUGGAGGAAGCCAAACACAACAACAGGUUCCGUGAGAUGGCUCCAUCAGACACUAAACAUGCCAAGGUCAAUGACAUGGUUUUCCACAGCUAUAAGAAACACUUUAAGGCUCCUGUUCUCUCUGAGGGAUUCUCUGAGAUCCUGCAGAUCCACUUUGUUCCAAACUUCAAAGACGAGCAAUCAGAAACCCUGUUCAGACAGUUCUCUGAGGGAUGAUUGGACACCUUUUGCUUUUCCAAAUCCAAAAUGACACCCAGUAAAGUCAGCAGAUGUCAACAUUUAUUUCAGCUCAUGGGCUGGAUGAUGCACUGCACACGUUUCCUAGCUUUUAUGCAUUCAAUAAGGCUUCUAGCCUCAACGUCCAACAACAAAAUUAGAUACUUUGUUAAGGGAUAAUUGAACACAUCUAAAUGAAUCAACUUGACAGUAGUUUUAUUAGUCAUGCAGUAAUGUCAGUUUAGAAAUGAAAUAAACUGGAAAAGCAAGCAGAGUUAAUUUUCUACUAUAUAUUGUAUACGAUUUGUGUAAUUUUACUACACCACAGCUUCAGAAAUCCUUGUUACUGAAUAUUAUAAUAAAGGUAUAGAAAAUCAA